CUGCAGUAGUGCUGCGCCGUUGCUGGCCGGAUGAUACCAUUUAGAUCUAUCUACAGCAGCACGGUCAUUUCGCAGAGAGAGAGAGAUCACAGCACCACUAAAUUGUGUUAUGACAGUUUCAUCCAAAUCAAAAGAUUAAUGUACCCUACUAAAACUAUAUUGGUAAAUCGUCCUGUCCACUGUUAAGGGCUGUUACAUUUCAAGUUCCUUCGAGAAAAUACAGACUGUUGACGACCGUUGUUGGACACUUAAUAUAGUAAAAUGAGCGACACUGCUUUGCCAGCUGAGAUUAUGAAGCUCAUAGAACAAAGCCAAGAGGCCAAGACGCAUGCGCACACACGAGGCAAGUUCCGAGUAGGAGCUUCGCUGCUCACGAAAGACGGCAAGGUUUUCAAAGGAUGCAACAUACACAAUGCUUCGCACUCGCUGUCGGUGUGUGCCGAGAGGUGCGCCAUCUUCAAAGCCAUGUCGGAGGGCCACCGAGAAUUCAAAGCCAUCGCUGUCUCCAGGCGAGUAAAACAAUGA